GCUGAAAUACUACGUCACACUCACAUGUGGAGCCUCAGCUGGAGCCAGACAUCAUAAAAACGUUUAAGGUUUUUUGAUUUAAAUCGAUCAUUCGUAGAUAUCUUGUAGGAAACAAAAUUAGACAUGGCCUCAAGUUGUCGAAGACCCGAGCAUAUGGCUCCGCCUGAAAUUUUCUAUAACGAAGAGGAGGCCAAGAAAUAUUCUCAGAAUUCUCGGAUGAUCGAGAUCCAGAGCCAGAUGUCUGAGAGAGCUGUGGAGCUGCUGAACCUGCCUGAGGACCAGCCCUGUUUCCUGCUCGAUGUAGGGUGUGGCUCCGGGCUAAGUGGGGACUACCUGUCAGAGGAGGGACAUUGCUGGGUUGGAGUGGACAUCAGCACAGCCAUGUUGGAUGUAGCGCUGGAUCGGGAGGUGGAGGGAGACCUUGUGUUGGGGGAUAUGGGGGAGGGAUUACCCUUCAGGCCUGGGACCUUUGAUGGCUGCAUCAGUAUUUCUGCUCUCCAGUGGCUCUGCAAUGCUGACAAAAAGACUCACAGCCCCCCCAAGAGGCUCUACACCUUCUUCAGUACACUCUACUCCUCCCUGUCGAGAGGAGCCCGUGCAGUGUUUCAGCUUUACCCAGAGAACUCUGAGCAGCUGGAACUGAUUACAUCCCAGGCCAUGAAGGCAGGUUUCAGUGGAGGCAUGGUGGUGGACUAUCCUAACAGCACCAAGGCCAAAAAGUUCUUCCUUUGUCUGUUCGCUGGGUUUUCAGGAACCCUUCCCAAGGGGCUAGUGUCAGAGACAGUGGACAGGGACGUCCCAAAUCAAGUCCAAUUCACAGGACAGAGAUCUCGCUUUAAGAACAUGAAGGGCAAGUCUGCAAAGAAGGGAAAAGACUGGGUCCUAGAGAAGAAGGAGAGGAGGAGAAGACAGGGCAGGGAAGUCCGAGCUGACACAAAGUACACUGCUCGGCAGAGAAGGCCUCACUUUUAAACCACGGUCAGUCCUGUGUGUUCCAGCCCGGAGGUUCACACUCAUGGAGUACUACUGUCCUUCCUGUGUGACCAGAGGAUCUGUGACCGGCAAGAUUUAAACUUAAAUGGACUCAAAUCAAUCCUACUCACUUAAAAAAACGGGUGGAUUAAAAUAUAUAUUUUUCCCCAUUUAGAAGUUGACGGUUGUUUUCUUCCAGGAGUUGUCUCUCUAUCAAUGGAAUGGAAAUUAAUUCAUAUACAUUUGAGAAUGCGAUUCCCACCCACGCCGGUGACUGCCCGUUGCUGUGGUUACCUAGACUGGUUGCUAGGCUUUGUUUAGCUAUAGCAUUCCUAGAGAGGGGACAGUUUCUGUACGUCCCACUCCUUCUGGUGUCAUGUGCCACUGGAGCAUGAGGCGUGGAAAGUUGUCUAAUGCUUAUCUGGUUGUGGUGCCAAUCCUCUGGACAGAAACUGGCCCCUCUCUAGGACAUGGGCCCCUAUCCUCUGGACAGAAACUGGCCCCUCUCUAGGACAUGGGCCCCUAUCCUCUGGACAGAAACUGGCCCCUCUCUAGGACAUGCCCCCUAUCCUCUGGACAGAAACUGGCCCCUCUAGGACAUGGGCCCCUAUCCUCUGGACAGAAAUAAGAAGUUGUAGAUGUGUUCUAUAUGCACUAUUUCUAUGCUUCCUGUUCUUCAGUUUUUGUUUUUGCAUGUUUUGUUAAAACCAGCUGAAGAUGUAAUAUUUCUGGUUCUUGAAAUUAUAAUUUCACAGCGGUUUAGAUACCAUAAUUCAAAUCUAAUGUUAUGUCACAUGCUGAAUACAACAGGGAAAUGCUUACACGCCCUUAACCAACAAUGCAGUUAAGUGCUGAAAUAUUUACUAAAUUAACUGAAAAAAAAAAAAUAAAAUAAAAAAUAUAUAUAUAUAUAUAAAAUAAAAAGCAACAAUAAAAUAACAAUAAUGAGACUAUAUACAGGGGGUACAGGUUAGUAAUGAGACUAUAUACAGGGGGUACAGGUUAGUAAUGAGACUAUAUACAGGGGGUACAGGUUAGUAAUGAGACUAUAUACAGGGGGUACAGGUUAGUAAUGAGACUAUAUACAGGGGUACA